AUGCUCAUUAAUCCAAGACUGGUCAAUAAGCAAGAUUAUUUGGGAAAAACUCUCUUGAUGCAUGCUAUUAUUAAUGAAAAUUUCUCAUAUGUAACUCGAUUAAUGUCUAUUGGAGGAAUUGACUAUUCACUCAAAACAUUUGAAACUCAACAAUCAGCUCUAAUGUUUGCCACUGAACGGGGUUUUUCCUCAAUCAUGUUCAAAAUAUUAUCAGAUUACAGUGUCAAUGAUUGUGAUGUAGAGGGAAAAACAAUUUUAAUGUACAGUGUUGAUUACUUUUCAUUGGUUCUUGCAAUUUUGAAAAAGGACUCACUCAACAUUAAUGCAAAGGAUAAGAAAGGUCGAAAUGUUCUAAUGUAUGCAAUGGAGAGAUUGAGUAAACAGAAGAAUCCUUUCGAUCAAAAGAGUGGACUCAGACAAAGUAUUAAUGCUCUCAUAGAUACUCACUCAAUUGAUUUGAAAGCUAAGGAUAAUAGAGGAAGGACUAUUUUGGAUUAUGCUAAGGAAACUAAAGAUAAGGAAAUAAUUCAAAAGAUUAUUGGUGGUCAGAAUUUGUAAAUAUAAUAAUAACUAUGUGUACAUAAU